AUGAAUCAUUCCUACACGCCGACAAUGCCAGUGUUCAUUCCAAGUGUUCGUGGCGAAGCUCUGGCAGUUCCAAAAAGUAAGAUCAAAACCUCAUCAUCAAAUCCGUCUCACAUCUAUGCCGACGAUUUUCCCGACGAUCCUGAUUGUUCGUCACGUAACAUGAACAAGAUUUCAUUAAGACAUGGCAAAUGCGGUAUGAGCACUGAAAAGACCGUAAGUUCUAGGAUAACCUACUUUCCUCCCAGAUCUCAUUACUCUUUCACUGUUAAGGAUAAUCCAUCGGGAGUCAUUCAACGAGUCUGCAUCUCAGUUCAAUUGCACCCAUUGUUCGUUACCGAAUCUGAUCGAAGUUACUGUGCUCAGUGUGUCUACGUACAAAGUCAAGUACUGGAUGAUUUUGAAUCUACACUGGACAUCAGGUGA